CUUGUUCUCGCAUGUAACGCACAUUCAAUGCGAGUAAAAUAGUUCGGCGAUAAUCGCAGUGUUGUUCGGAAUUGUCAAUUUUUCGUAAUCCGAAUUUGUUAUAAUCUAUUUAAAUAAGAAAUUUGAAAAUAAAAUAUUAACUUAUAUAAAAUAAAACAGCAAUUUUUUUUAUUUUGUUAGUUAUACAACUUGAAUUAAAAUGACAGAAAAAAUGGAAGAGAAGUUAGAAGAGCAAUUAAUUAAAGCAGUACGCAAGCAUGAUUGUUUAUAUAAUUCGAAGAGCCGAAACUAUCGAAACACAAAAUAUAAAGACAUAACCUGGCGGUCAAUAGCUUCGAAUUUAAAUAUAACAAGUGAAAAUGCUCAAAAAAAAUGGAAAAACUUACGAGAUUAUUACUUUUUUAUCAAGAGAUCUGAGCAGAAAUCACCAUCCAGUGCUGCUAGUAAGAAAAGAAAAUGGAAAUGUUACUACCAGCUGCAAUUUCUUGAUGAUAUACCAAAAAUUCGAAACAAAUGGGAGAAAGCCGAUGAUGAGGAGUAUUUCAAUGAAUUUAUAAUUGAGGAAGAAUCAUCACAAAGCGACAAAAAGCCAAAAAAAAUUAAACCAACAAAUAAUACUACCGAUGACUUCAAGAAAUUUUUGGAAACUGCAACUUUAAGUAUUCAAGAAACUUGUGUUUGGAUGCGUUCACAAGAAGAAGAUAGUAUUUCAACCUAUUUUAGAUCACUGGCAGAAGAAGUCAAAGAAGCCAAUCUCCCACAUGAAAAGUUACUACGUUUAAAGCGAAAAAUUUUUAACGUUAUCUAUGAAGAAUUAGAAAAUAAUGAAAUGGAACAUGAUUAAAUCUAUCCAAGACUUUUUUAAGUAGGUUUAUGUAUUGUAGACAUAAGUAAUAAUUAAAUUAAAAUUAUACAUAUAAAACAUAAA